AUGGGUCUUGAUUCCUUAACCUUUUUGCUUUUGGGCACGUGUCUCAAGCCCUUAGGUUUGAGGAAUGUAUAUGAUGAAGAGCGUGAUAAAGGAGACUCUACGAGUUGGGAGCCUUCUAGAAGAAGGAGUGAGAGGUUGAUGCUUGUUAUAACGAGGGAUACUAGUCACUCUAUGUCAUUGACAUCCAAUAAGGACAAUGUGGUUGGAGGUAGGGGCAUCGACUCUUUGAGUGUUAAUGAUGAUGAUAGUGUUCAACUUGUUUUAAACCCACACAUGCUAUUGCGGAGUUCAUUUAAAAUGUACUCAGUUUGUGAAGAGGGGAUGCAUUUUUACAUGGGUGUGAUGAAUAUUCAUCGGCAUAGCGUUGUGCCAAGGAGCACAUAUCAUGAAGACAACCUCUUUAUGUUUUGGAUCUCUGUGUCGCUUGUUGGUAGUGUUCCAUCUCGCAAGUACUCUAUUAUCGAUGUCAUCUAG